CGAAGGCGGAAGCGGCGCCGGAGCGAGAGUUGCAGGCUGAGGGGCUGAGAGAGCCUCGUUUCCCCCUCUCCCUCCCUUCCCUCCCUCUCGCGGCGGGACUCAGCUCCGCAAUGGAGCUGCAAGAUGGUGGUCAAGAAAUGGCAGCGUCUCCUUCCACGACUGCAACAGGCAAGUCAAAGCUGGAUACAUUGCCCAGAGAAGAUCUCAUCAAAUUUGCAAAGAAGCAAAUGAUGCUGAUACAGAAAGUGAAAUCAAGAUCUGCAGAACUGGAGAAGGAGAAUGAAGAACUGAAAACAAAAUCUGCUACUGGUGGAACUGAUGAUAUUAUUCAGGCUCUCACAGAGAGGCUGGAUGCAGUUCUUCUGGAAAAAGCAGAAAUCCAGCAGCAGUGUCUAGCUCUGAAAAAAGAAAAUGUGAAAAGGCAACAAGAAACAGAGGCUGCUCUUGCUAAGGAAGAAGAAUGGCAGAAGAAAUUUGCACAUUUGAAUGCUGACUGUCUGAAAGAAAUUGAAAGUCUUAAACAUGAAACAGUAGCGGCACAGUCCAAACAUGAUGAAGCUGUAGCCACACUGCAAAAGGAACUGCAUGCAGAACAGAAGAAACAAGAGCAGCUUGCAGAACAGCUUGAAUGUCAUAGGAAUAGGCAUGAAGACGUUAAAAAGCUACAGAAAGAACUCCAUCAAACAAAGGCCACCUGUGAGGAGCAGAUCUUGAAUCUGAAGGAGCAGCUAAAAGCUUUCAGUGAGGGUAAGGAGGAGGACAUUGCCAAAUUGCAAGAUGUUAUUGAAAAUAAUUCUCAGUGUUAUCACAAUGAAAUUGUUUCAUUAAAUGAAGAACUAGGCAAACUGAAGACUAUUCACCAGGAGGAAGUAUCAGAAUUGACGCGUCAGCUUGAAGCCUCUGCUAAAGUAUGUGAAGAAGAGCGAAAUAAGGUAGAUCAGCUAAAGCAGGACUUACUAGAGCAAUACCAAGUAAAAGAGAAAGGCAUGCAGGAUGAAUUACGGGCCAGUAAAGAGAGGUAUGAAUGUGAACUGGAGUACAUAAGGCAAACUGUGAUUAAAGAUGAUGAAAACCAAACAGAGACCAGAAAUGUACAGUUGGAAACAGAAAUGGCAGAAAAGACCGGGUACUUAGAGAAUGCUUUAAAAGAACUGGAAUCUCAGCAUAGUAUAUUAAGAGAUGAAUUAACUUAUAUGAAUAAUGUUAAAAUGAAACUGGAAAUGGAAAUCCAACUUGCAAAGGAUGAAUACUUUCAUGAGAGGGAAGAUUUGGAGUUCAAAAUUAAUGAACUGCAGCUUGCCAAAGAGGAUCACUGUUGUCUCAUUGAAAAACUAAAAUCGGAGCUUCAGGCAACAAAAGAACAGCAUGAGAAUACUGUUAAAGAGAAUGGCCGAGAAAUUCAAGAUCUGGUAGAAAAGCAUAGGAGAGAAGUCUGUGAGUUUAAACAAACAGUAUCAUUAAGUUCAGAAAGAGAAAACCAGUCAUUGGCUUUUGAAAUACAAGAUCUUAAAGAACAAUUGCAAAGGCACAUACAGGAGAAAGAAGAAGCGAUUGCUAGCUAUGAGAACCUACGAGAAACAAUGGAAACCUUACAAACUGAGUUGGGGGAGUCAGCUGGGAAGAUAAGCCGAGAAUUUGCAUCGAUGAAGCAGCAGCAGGCUUCUGAUGUAGAUGAACUACAGAAAAAGCUUAGAGUUGCUUUCAACGAAAAGGAUGUUCUUCUUGAGACAGUGAAUCAUCUCCGGGAAGAGGUAGAACAACUCUCCUCCCAGAGAGAGGAGGUAGAAGAACUGAGACAUAAAAUAGGGACACUUCAGGAGGAGAAUGAGAAACAUGUUACUUCUCUUCACCAAAGAGAGGCUGCAAUAAAAGAACUGGAAGAGAAAGAGAGUGAGCUUUCCUCACGGAAUGAUAGCGUCCUUGAGGAAAUGAAGUCUUCUGCUCAGACAAUAGAAAACCUCCAAGAAAAAUACACAGUGGAGCAAGCAAAGGUUGUGGAACUCCAACAACAGGUAGAGGCUCUUGCCCUUUGCAACCAUGAGUUAGAGCGACAGGCAGAGGAGUUAACGCAGCAACUUCAAGGCACUUCAGUGGAAAAAGAAAAGGACCAGCAAAAGCUGGGGGAAGUUGAACAACAAAUGGAAGCUCUUCAGCAACAUAAACUCUGUCUGUUGUCUGAAGUAGAGACUCUGCAUGGUGAAAAUAACAAAAUAAAGGAAGACAGAGACAGACUUGGUAAGGAACUAGAAAGCAUUACAUCCGAAAAGGGGGACUGGCUCAUUUCUAAAGAGAAAGUGGAUAGCUUAGAAACAAAACUGAAAAUGGCCUAUGAAGAAAAAGAGCAUUUGACUAAAUUACUUGAGGAGGAAAAGGCCUUUAAAUCAUUUGUCACCAGUCAGCUGCAUAGCCUCCUUGAGAAGAUGGGCUCUGGAUGCCUAGAUGAAAAUGAAAGAGAUGAUGUUGUUGGCAUACUGCAAGCUGCAAAUGAAUUCUUGGCAAAAAUGAAGCAAGAGGCACAAAGCCUGACCUCGCAGAAGGAAGAAAAUGUUCUUCUUCGGCAGGAGAUGCAGAGGCUCCAGGAAGAAAGUGCGUCUCGUUGCAUGGAGCUCCAGUCUCUGUUGGAUGAUUAUGAAAAAGAAAAAUGCCUUUUAAGAGAGGAGUUGGAAGGGGCUUUCUCCGAAAAAGAAGCCCUGCAACUAGAUAUCCAGGAGUUGAAACACACCAGUGAAAAGGUCAGGAAUGAGAACCAAGAUCUUCUAGCUCAACUUCAAGAUAUUUCUGAACAACUUGCACACCAUGAAAGCAAAACAAAAGAGCAAGAAGAAAAAUGGGAAGAAGAGCGCAAAAAACUAAGCUUAGUUCUGGAGCAAAAAGAAACUGAACUGAGAGGUGUACAAGCUGAGCUUGCUUUGCUAAAGGGUUCUGUGGAGGAGUCUUCUGCGAAUGGCGACCAACAAUCAUCAGAAUCCCCCAAAAUAGUAAAUUUGGAAAAACAGCUGAAAGAGAGAGAAGAAAAAUUAAAUAAAAUUAAAGCUGUGGCUGUGAAAUUAAGGAAAGAACUGGAUUUGAGCAGGAAAGAGGUGCAGUCACUUAGAGAAGAGCUGGUGUUGUCACAAACUGAGAGAGAGCAGCUGUCUACUUCAAUGGGAGAUAUCAUUCAGGGAGCAGAGAGCUAUAAGAAUCUUUUAUUAGAGUUCGAGAAACAAGCAGAACAGCUGGAUUUUGAAAAAGAGCGAGCUCAUAAUUUUGAACGCCAAAUUGAUGACCUUACAAGACAGCUGGAGACCUCAACUCAGCAGCAAGACCAGUGGCAUUCUGCUAAUGAAGACCUCUUGUCUCGUAUUGAGACUCUACAGACUAACACCAAGCUGUUAGAAACCCAGCUAUUAGAAACCCAGAGAGCCAAAGCCAAAGUGGACAAAGAACUCGAAGCAGAAAAACUUCUGAAAGAGCAGAAGAUAAAGGAGCAUGCUAAUGCUGUAAAAGAAGUUGAAGAACUGCAGUCACAACUUCAGAAAGAAAAGAAGCAUCUUCAGAAAGUUUUGGAAGAGCUGGGAUUGGCCAAGAAGGAUGCGCAGAAGAGUACAAUGAUGGACAUGGAAAUCGCUGAUUAUGAGCGUUUUGUAAAAGAACUUAAUCAAAAGAUUAACAACAAAAGCAGCAGAAUUGAAGACCUUGAGCAAGAGAUUAAAAUUCAAAAACAGAAACAAGAAACUCUACAGGAAGAAAUCAAAUCAUUUCAGAAUUCUAUACAGCAGUAUCAAGAAAAGAAUGCCAAGAUCAAACAACUACUGGUGAAGACGAAAAAAGAGUUGGCAGACUCAAAGCAAGCAGAAAAUGAACUUCUAAGACUUCAGGCAUCUUUAAAAGGAGAGUUGGAAGCAAGUCAGCAGCAAGUGGAAGUUUAUAAGAUCCAGUUGGCUGAGUUAACUUCAGAAAAACACAAAAUUCAGGAACACCUGCGGACUUCACUAGAACAACACCAGCGUGUUCUGAAUACUUCCCAGCAGAAAUUGGCAGCUCUCCAAGAAGAGUGUAGUACAGCAAAGGCAGAACAUGCUGCUAUAACCUCUGAAUUUGAAAGCUACAAAGUCCGCGUUCAUAAUGUUUUGAAACAAAAGAAUAAAUCCUCUCAAUCUGAAACUGAUGUGACCAAACAAGAAAGAGAACACAUGGAAAAGGUAAUAGACCAAUUGAAGAUCAAAUUGCAAGACACUCAACGUAACUUACAAAUUAAUGUAACUGAGCUUCAGGCCCUGCAGUCUGAACAUGACACUCUGCUGGAAAGGCACAAUAAAAUUCUUCAGGAGACUGUGGCAAAGGAAGCGGAGCUCCGAGAAAAAUUCUGCACACUACAAUCUGAAAACAUGGUGAUGAAGUCAGAGCAUGCACAGACUAUGAGUCAGCUGACAGCCCAAAAUGAAGCUCUUCGGAACAGUUUCCGUGAUCAAGUCAGGCAUCUGCAAGAAGAGCACAGGAAGACUGUGGAGACAUUACAGCAGCAGCUGUCCAAAGUAGAAUCCCAGCUCUUUCAGCUCAAAAGUGAGCCAAGCACAAAAAGUCCUGCUCCUUCAAGCCUACCAACGAAGAACUUGCGAGAACGGAGGAGCACUGACCUUCCUCUUCUUGAUGUGCACACUGUAGCUAGGGAGGAGGGUGAAGGAAUGGAAACCACUGACACAGAGUCUAUAUCUUCUGCCAGUACUUACAUGCCAUCCUUGGAACAGCUUCUUAAUACCCCUGAUACAAAAUUUGAACCUCCGCAAUGGGAAGAAGAGCUCACAAAAGAAGAGUUGGUGCAGAAGUUAAAUACCACGUCAAAGAGUGCUGAUCACUUAAAUGGAUUGCUUCGUGAGUCGGAAGCAACCAAUGUAAUCCUAAUGGAACAAAUAAAGCUUCUUAAAAAUGAAAUUAGGCGAUUAGAAAGGAACCAGGAACGGGAGAAAUCUGUUGCUAAUCUGGAAUAUUUGAAGAAUGUCCUGUUACAAUUUAUAUUUCUAAAAUCUGGCAGCGAAAGAGAGAGGCUUCUUCCAGUAAUAGAUACCAUGCUGCAGUUGAGUCCAGAAGAAAAAGGGAAACUUGUUGCGAUUGCUCAAGGUGAAGACGAAAGCACAUCACAGCCUUCUGGGUGGGCAUCAUACUUGCACAGCUGGUCAGGACUCCGAUAAGACCAUGCCAGCUCUCACUAUCCAAACAUUCAGAAUCUGCAGUUGCACUGAGAGGAAUCUCAACACUGAAGAAUGAAUCAUACACAUGUGUAGCAAGGGUGACUCUUGUUUUUCUGUUGGUUAUUUUAAUUAAUCAUCUCAUUUUGACUAAAACUUGUAGGGUGUUUGGAAAUACUUUUAUUCUGCUUUCGGAUUCUCUUCCCUAUUCAGUGAUUUGUUACAGGUGUUUAAGCUCUAAUGCAUCCAUUGAGCUCCCCUAACUGCAGAAUCUAUCCCCCUCAUUCAUUGGAGAAACAAUAUAGCAUACACUGUAAGCUUGAACAUGGAGAAAUCCCAUAUUUACAUUGGAACUCUGGAUUGGAUGUCUGACUUCAGCAAACACCCUCAUUUUUAUUUGUCUGAAAAAUGUACUAUGCACAUUGGUGAUCACUGGUAAGACUAAUGCCAAGUUAGCAAAUAUGACCACACACUUUAAUUUUGUUGUUCAGAAUAUUCUUCAUGCCCAGCAACAUCAGAUAGAUAUAAUUUACUUCAAAAUUGCUUAUUCUUCUCAAAGGGAGAGAGCGAUGCAAAAAUAUUAUCUUUGGCUGUCUGCCCUACAUUCAAUUUAUUCAACCCUAGGAAUUUUGCCAGACGUAUUUAGUGAUUCCUCAAGCUAAUAAGGUAAUAUCUAGUAUUUAGGACAUUGCUGCAUCAGAUCCUUUGAAACCAUUAGUUAAUUAGGACUUGAAAACAGGCUGCUUUAAGAGCUGAUAUUUCAAAUCCAAAAAAAGGUUAAUUAAAAUAAAGAUUAGAAGCUGCAUUGCACUCUGAGUCUAAACACCCAUUAAUGUCACAGAUUAUGCUAGUGAUAAUUCUUUAAAGACAAAAUGGAGAUCAUCCUAAAAUAGGCUAGAAUUUGCUGCAGGUUAAGAAUCCUAAAUAUAAUUGUCUGUGGUCAUCAAGGAUCUGUUUUUUGGAGACAAGCAGGUAAAUGUAGCUAUAGGUUUUUUUCAAGCAAGGAUGCCAUUUUGCCAUAUCCAUGGCAGUCCUUGUGAUCCUUCUUCUUGAUCUGUGAGUCUUGCUUAAGUGUUAAAGUUUACAUAGGAUUAGCUUCAGUUUUAGUUAGAGUAGACCCAUGUCAGGUAUAACUUAAAUGCCAUUUAUUUCAGUGUGUCCAUGUCUGACUAAGGCUGGAUACAAUCCAUUAUUUUUGCAGUACCUUUCCUCCUUUGUCACAGAGCUUAACACAAAUAGAUGAGGUGUAUUGAGAAACAAUCCCCUUGAUAUACUAAAGGUUUGGAGGUGGUUACUGCUGAUGCUUUUGUGACAGAACUUCAUCUGUCGGGUCGUUAAUGAAGUCUGAACUGCUUAUUGGCAGUCUCUGAUCUUGGUGGGAGGGAUUAUCCUGUGCAUAUGCACUGAUAUUUACCAACUCAUCGCAAUUUCAGUAAGAAGUGACUACGUAGGGUGCCUGGACACUCCUGCAUCUGAAAAUAAUUGUUAAAGUUGUUGAGAAAAGCAAUAAUCACUCAGAGAAGGUAUGUGAAUGGCAGCGCUACUUCUAGGCAUCUUCCAGGCAAAUCAAUGUGUUCUCUAAUCCAUGACUUCAAUAUGUAUUUUCAGACAAAAGAGUAGAAUAGAAGAAUUCAGCAAGUCUUUAAAUUAUAGCAUGAAAACACAGCCCUCAGAUAUUAUUCCUAAUUUAGUCUAUUUCUACUAGUUGCUACAAUGACUUAGCAUUUUCUGCAGUUCUGAAAGCAGUUGGAAGGUGGCUUCAACUUAGGCACAUGCAAUGUUUAAAGUACUCAGUAAAAACAGAUGCAUCAUUUUCAUUUGUCAUAUCAGAUUAGAAGUACUUUUGCUCAGCUUCAAUAGCACUGGCAGAUGGGGAUAUCUAACAUAUUUCAACAUCUGUAUUGUGACUAUUCAGACUCUUACUGUGAUUUUCAUAUCUACAGUCUACUCAGAUCACAACCAUGUCUUAAAUCCUAAAGUAUUACACCAUUAGAUGUCAAUUUGUCUCAUUGCAAGCAAUUUAAUUGGUAUGUCUUUUUUUUUAAGCCAGUUCCUACAAGGAUAGUCAACAGUUGAAUAUCUUGGUUUAUUACAGUAUCAUGUAGUUUUACAUGUUUAAACUAAGCAGGAAAUGUCUUUGCACUUUCUUUAAUAGUUCAUUGUUGUCAGAUUUAGCGUAACUGAACACUUGCUACUGACUGAAAAAUUAUUUUCCUAUCUGCACAAUGUUAUUAACAGCUGUGAUAAAAUGAACUAUUUUGACUUUUAGUCAUUUCAAAUCCCAUUAUUGGGAAGGGUCCAGAGUUGCCCAUGCCUUUGUGCUGUUGGUUUUGCACUAGUGGCAAACAAUGCUUGUGCAACACCCCUAACGCUAGUUAAUGCAACGGGUCUCCUGGGAAACUGGCAAGUGCAAUUGAUGAUGCUCAAGCAUGGGUUUUCGCUAGUGCAAUGUCACUAUUGCAAGCACACAGGCACAGUUGGGAUCCUUCCUUUUAUUGUUUCAAACUGUGAAUAAAUUAUGCGUAUAGUUCUUGUUAUUUUUCAAAUUCAAUUGUAUAUUCAGUGUAUUAAAAUACAAUACUUGUGAAUGUAAAAUAUUAUUUGCAUGCUCUCUGAGCAUACUUUUUGCUACCAAGGAAAGUUGGAGAUAUUGGGGAGGGGGCGAUGCAGAUUAAAACAGCAUGUACAAAA